AUGAAGUUUGGACACACUCUAUUGACACAUCAAAUUCCAGAAUGGCAAGGCCAAUACAUGGAUUAUAAAUCACUCAAGAAAGUCGUCAAGGCCAUACAUUCCAGAGAGAUUGAAUUGAGAAACGAGGAUUCAAAUGUUGAUGUUUUCAAUGAUGGACAAGUCAAGACUAAUUUGGCUAAUUUUUUUUUCCAGCUUGAUAACAACGUUGAGAAAGUAGAUGAAUUUUACACCAAGAAAUAUCUUGACUAUGAAAAACGGCUGAAGAAAAUCAGUGGAGCUUUCCCAAAGAAUGUCGAUGAUAUUGGUGAUAACGAGGAGUAUGAUGAGCUAGUUGACAUUUUACUCGAACUAAGAAACUGUUUUAGGAAUCUUAAAUGGUACGCAGAGCUGAACAGGAGAGGAUUUGAGAAAAUCUUAAAGAAGCUCGACAAAAAGGCAGGUACAGAGAAGCAGCAAGAAUAUUUGAAGUCCAAAGUGUAUUCCUCAUCGUUUUGUGAUGACACUCAACUGGUGAAUUCUUUGACCAAAGUUAAUGAGUUUUUAAAUAUACUAGCAUCAAUAAAUGAACAACAUAGCGCCGCUAAUAAUAGUAAUAAUCACUAUAAAAGCAGCCAAAAUAUCAAUAAUGUAUCCAACUCGACAUCUUCAUCGAUUUCUAAUUUUGAUAUUACAGCCACUUUGAAUGAUUUGAAUGUAUCCGAUUUAAACAAAUUCCCAAUUCCCACAAGUGCCUCCCCAAUUAUGAAAGCCAAAUCUAAUAUAAAGAAGUCAAACUUAGAUCCUUACAUUGAAUUUAUUCUAAAAGAUGACGUUAAGUCUUUGGAACAGAAAUUGACCAAGGAAUAUAUGUCCCCUGUUUUGGCACCGAUUAAGUUAUUGCUGUCCAUGCUAAAUAAAUCCACCUUGGAGUUGUCACAUAAGUGUAUUGAUAUGUUACUUAGAAUCCUGCCAGUAUUAUCUGAUUCUGGUGAUGUCUCUGCGAGGAACUUCAUUCAUCAUCAUGUUAUUGCGCUUGGUAAAAAGAACUCAAAUCGCUUAAACUCUGAAUAUUACGACGUUGGUACUAACAAUAAAGCCGAUUAUAAUUCUUCGUUAUUUAAUACUUUUGGAUCGGAUGGUGUCAAUUCGAAUGAUUUCUCCCAAGGAUUAUUGUAUAUUUUUCAAACAUUACCAGAACAUUUAAAAUUUGCUAUUUUACAAAAGGAUAACUACAAGAGAACACCAUUACAUUAUGCUGCGCAAUAUGGUCUGAAAGAUGUUACAAACAUUAUUAUCAGAUUUCUAAAAGAAUGGAAUUUGUACAAUGAAUCAAUUCCUCUUGAUGAUGUCUCGCAUUGGGGGGAUUCUGAGAAUCUGACACCUUUGCAUUUGUCAAUUUUGGGUAAGCAUCCUAAGACAACUGAAACCUUGGUGAACUCAAUGUCCCCCGAUGUUUCAUUAUCAUGUCCAUAUUUACUUCACGUUGCAACAAGGAUGAAUACCAAAGGUUUGCUGAAGAGUAUUUUAGGAUGCAAAGGUAUUGAUAUAAAUUCAUUUGAAACCAAUGAAUCUAAAGAAACUGCAUUAUACAUUGCAUGUAAACAUGAUCUAAUGGAUAGUGUUAAAGCUUUGCUUGCAUAUGGUGCAGACACUGAAAUUGGAGAGGCGACAUUUGGUUGGACUCCUAUUUUUGUUGCGGCCGCAAAUGGGUUUAUUGACAUAAUCAACUUAUUGAUCGAGCACGGUGCAAAUAUCGAUAUUCAGGAUGAAAGUGGGUGGACACCUAGAGAACAUGCGGCAUUGAGAGGCCAUAUUGAGAUUAUUGAAAAACUAACUCCACCAAAUUAUAAUCCGUAUGAUUCUUUAUUGCCAGAAAAUAAGAUCACAUCACCUAAAUUAUCACCUCGACUAAUUGGUAAUAACUCAUCGAAUUCAAGCAUCCAUACUGUUCAGGCGAACCGGAUCAAGACUCCAGAACCUACUAACGAUAGAAUUGACCUAAAGAUCCUACAGCAUGGCAACAACUCUACUCAAAGUUUGGUUUCAAAUGGUAAUAGUAAUAAUAUCAACACCAAUAACAGUUCGGAUACUAUCGUUGGUAACACUUAUUUAAGAAAAGGUGAAUCCACCAUAUUAGUCACUAUUGGCACGACUGAUUCACGUGACAUUACGCCAGCACUGGAAUUGAACAAAAUUCCGUUAUCUAAGAUUCACUCUACAGAAUUGGAUAGUGCAUUAUCGAUUGUUAUUCAUACAUCUUGCAAAUCAAAUGAUUCAGUGUACUCUUUGCCAUUACCAUUAGAUGAUAAUCACGGCAGUUCGAUGGAUCCAAUUAUCUUCCAAUGUAAAGGCGAAGAUCCCUUAAACACCAUCAUCUAUUUUGACAUUGUUCCAACGUUUGAUAUUGAAGUUCAGAAUAAGGAUAAAGGGUUCCAUAAAAAGAGCGAUAAGAUUUUAGGGAGAGGUGUUGCUAUAUUGAAGAACAUCCAUACGCCUGUAGGAAAGGGAAAGAGGUCAUUGUUCAAUUCAGCAAAGAUACCAAUUUUGGAAUCUCAUAGUAUGGAAGUUUUAGGCAAUAUUAAAUUCGAGACGUUAAUUGUCAAAUCUUUUGAGGAUCAUUUUAAUAUUCCGGCAAAUGCUGAUAUCUACUGGAAAUCGUUGGUUCAUCCAAGAUUGAUUGGUCACAGGGGUAAUGGUAUGAACCAGCGUGAUAAGAAGUCUUUGCAAUUGGGUGAAAAUACGGUUGAAUCGUUCAUUGCAGCUGCAUCAUUGGGUGCACAAUAUGUUGAGUUUGAUGUACAACUUACGAAGGAUGAUAUCCCAGUCAUUUAUCAUGAUUUUAUUAUAGCUGAAUCGGGGAUUGAUAUACCGAUGAAUUCACUUACUCUAGAGCAGUUUAUGCAUUUGAAUUUAAGUAAGGACAAUAAAGGUAGAGAUGUCAGAGAAAGAAGAGUCAAGGAUGAUUCAUACAUACCACAAAGGUCCCGGUCGAGGUCAAUUUCAUACAAUAACGGAGGAAGUAAUAAUUCCAAUGGCGGUAGUAAUACCCAUAAUUAUAAAGAAGGUAACGAUGAAAAAUGGAAGGAUAAAUACGACAUUGAAGUUGAAAACAUGCAUGAACGCAUGAAAUUAACAAAGACAUGGAAGGAUAAAGAAUUUAAGGCCAAUAUUAGGGGAUCUUCUAUUGCCUCAUCUUUCACAACGUUGGAGGAAUUAUUCAUCAAGUUGCCACCGACUGUUGGGUUCAAUAUUGAAUUGAAGUACCCCAUGUUGGAUGAAAGUGAAACAUUUGAUAUCGGACAGGUGUCACCAGAACUUAACCAUUUCUGCGAUGUUAUACUAGAAAAAGUGUAUUCUAAGUAUAACGGAAGAAACGUUAUUUUUUCCUCCUUUCAUCCAGAUAUCUGUAUGAUAAUGACCAUGAAACAACCUUCAUUUCCCGUUUUGUUUCUCACCGAGAGUGGAGUUGAGAAAAUGGCGGAUAUUAGGGCCAGUUCAUUGCAGAAUGCCAUUAGGUUUGCAAAAACAUGGAAGUUGUUUGGUAUUGUGAGCCAUGCAGUACCAUUUAUACAUUGUCCAAGAUUGGCCAGUGUCGUCAAGGCCAGCGGCUUGGCAUGUUUUACAUAUGGAUCUGCCAAUAACGAUCCCAUAAAUGCCAAAUUAGAGAUAGCAGCCGGUGUGGAUGCAGUUAUUGUUGAUAGUGUCUUGGCGGUCCGUAAGGAAUUGACGAAAUUCGAUGAAGGUAAGCAAAAAAGGGGCUGA